ACUUUAUAAUAAUAGUAAACAGAGAGCAGUGCGAGGCAGCUAGUUCUAAGAGAGAUAUAUUAGUACUCUUGGCUGAAACCAAGAGAUGAUCAUUUGGAAAAUCGUGCUAAAAAUAAGCGCGCAGUCGCCGGCAUGCUGAAAUCAACCUAGUCAAAAAUAAAAUUUGCUUUGCCGACGUAACAUUGUGCUGCACUUUCCCAGUGGACAAAAUAUAUAUUCAGGAAAUAUGGGGUCGAGUGCGGAUUGUCCUGUUUGCGGUAUGGCUGCCUCUCAAGCUUGUAGCAGGUGUAAGAUGGUGCGUUACUGCGACCAAGAGCACCAGAAGCAACACUGGCCGCAGCAUAAGCGCAGCUGUAGACCAUUUAGAGAGAAGCAGGAUGCUCAGCUGGGUAGGUUUCUUAUGGCUACCCAGGAUAUUGCCGCUAGACAAGUAGUGUUCAUCGAGGAGCCCCUGGUGGUUGGUCCCAAGUGGCACCUCUCCGACGCAGAAAAGGAAGCCUCGAUUUUUUUGUGUGUGGGCUGUUACACGCCAUGCCGUCUGGGCAAGUACCAGUGUCGAAGAUGCCUAUGGCCAAUCUGCAGUUCCGGGUGUGCACACGAGGCCCUGGAAUGCAGUGUGCUUAGUCUUGGAUCAGGUUCACCUGCUCGGGUCGAUAUCCGCACUUUGAACGAUUAUUUUAGGGGCGAUGCCCUUUUGGUGCUCAAGUGCCUUCUGCUGCAGCGACAGUGUCCAGCGAAAUGGGCUUCCCUCCUGGAGAUGCAGUCCCACGAGGAGGAGCGAAUGGGCACCGAAUUGCAUGAGGAGGCUGAAAAGAGGGUGGUAAGUUACCUGCAGCAGCGGUUUCUACGUAGGCUAAAGCAAACCAAGCCGAACCUAUUGCACGAUUGCGGACCGGAGUUGCUGCAUCGCUUGUGCGGCAUCAUCGAAACAAACUUCAUGGUCAUAGAACUGCCGUCCGGAGUGGAAUUGAGCGGGUUGUUUCGUCAGGCGUGUAUGAUGGAGCAUGCCUGUCAGCCCAACUGCGACUUUCAAUUCGAUCCGAAAACACAGCAGAUUACAGUGCGAGCUGGCUGCGACCUGCGGAAAGGCGACCACCUACGUAUCACAUACACCAACAUCCUAUGGGGUACUCAGCUCCGCCAAUACCAUCUCCGCCUGACAAAGCAUUUUAGCUGCCGCUGCAGCCGUUGCCUUGAUCCAACGGAAUAUGGGACUUAUAUAAGUGCAUUGGCAUGUCUGGGGGAUGUAAACCAGACCUGUGUUGGCAGACAUCUGCCAGUGGAUCCGCUGGACGAGAACACACAGUGGAAGUGCGAUUCUUGUCCAAUGCUGGUGGAUGGGACAUACGUGGCCGAGCUUCAGACCCAUAUUACAGAGGAGGUGGACGGUCUAAUGGCGGGUUGUCCUUCUGCGAAUCAAGUUGAACUGCUUCUAGCCCGACUAAGCCAGAUGUUGCAUCCAAACCACUUUCACACGUUCAACUUAAAACACACGUUGAUCCAGUUGUAUGGGAACGAAGCUGGAUUAGAAUUGAGUGGUCUCAGUAAUGUUCAACUGGAUAGGAAGCUGCGUCUCUGCGAUGAACUGUACAACGUAUGCCGGCGUCUGGAUCCACACAGUAUCAAACUCGCUAUUUACGUAACGGUCAUUCUUAUCGAGAUUGCCCACACGUUGGAGGAGCAAGCACGAAGACGUUCAGGAGAGGGAAAGAUGCUUCUGGAAUUAGCACAGGUCCGUCUGAAAGAAGCUGAGGUGGUCAUGAAUAAGGAGCAGGAUUCUGUAGCCUGCAAAAAGCUGAAAGACAAGCUGCAGAAAGAGAUAUUUGAGUGUGAGAAACAAAUUAUGAUCCUUCCCUACAAUCAAAAACGAGACAAUGGUAAAAAAUAAUUUUUUAUUUUACGAAAAACUACAACAAAAAAACACGGAAAA